UACGAACUAGUUACGUCUACCAUGACUCCAUCCAUCGUUUCAACUGAAAAAUAGUAGCCAAAUUUAAAACAAAGUACAACUUCUUGUGCAUAUCGUACAAAUGCUGACUACAAUGCUGGCAGGGGCGUUGCUGAUAGAUUCAGAUCGACGGAAAAUGGCGGAUGAAGUGAAGUUGUAUGCCGUUGCAGGAAGUCCAUUCGUUUGCAGAGCAAAAAUCGCUUUGAAUAUGAAGGGAAUCAAGUACGAAAACUUCGAAGAGGAUAUGAGUAACAGGAGUGCCGAACUUCUCAAGUUUAAUCCUGUUUAUAAGAAAGUACCGGUGCUGGUUCAUAACGGAAAUCCGAUCUCAGAGUCUCUGCUGAUCGUUGAGUACAUUGAUGAAGUGUGGAAAGGAGUUCCGAUUUUGCCUCAGGAUCCUUAUGAGAAGGCUGUUGCUCGAUUUUGGGCCAAAUUCAUUGAUGAUAAGUGCAUUCCUGCAAUAUUCAAGGCUUUUGGCCCCGAUGGAAAUGAACAGAGUGAUGCAGAAGCCAUCGAACAACUACAAAUACUAGAAAAUGAACUGAAAGCCAAAGGUACCAAGUUCUUUGGAGGUGACAACAUUAACCUGGUCGACAUUGCUGCUGAUUUCAUAGCCUAUUGGCUUGGAAUAAUCCAAGAAGCAGCAGAAAAAACGUUGGUAACCAACGACAAGUUUCCAAAAAUAACAGUUUGGGCUGAUGACUUUGUCAACCUUGAACUUGUUAAUCAAGUCUUACCUCCAAGAGAACACCUGCUUGCAUUUUUCAAGAAACGGUUUGGUAAGGCAUAAUGGUAACUGCAGGCAUUUAUAAUUAGUAAAUCUAGUCGCUUUUUACGGUAUGCAUUUUUAUGAAUUUGAAUUUUCAGUGUAUAACAUCCAUCCAUGUUGCAAGAAAAAGCUUUUUGUGGUUUUCCAAGUUAAAGUUCCUAUAACAUUCAUGGAUGUUGCAAUAAUCGGUUCUUAUCGUAAUAUUGAUGUUGUUUUGUGAAAUAUAUGUAGUUUGUGGCA